UAAAAGUGAUAAAUAAAAAUUAAAAUUUAUUUUAGAUAUAAGCAACAAGUUAAAAUGAACGAGGAAUUAAAAUGAAUGUAGUACUAUAUCCAUAUUUUCUUGGAUUUUGAAGUUUUCAGAAAGUUAAUCUUUUUUUUUGGGGUUUUGGAUUGAUAAAAAAAGGAUCUUUUAGGUUUAAAAAUCUGAUUUUUUUCCUAAACACCCCUUGUUUUUGCUUAUUUUCUCUUUUAUAUUUUCUAAUUUUCAGUUUUUACAAUAUGUAUUUUUCAGCCACUUGAUUUUUUGGUGAUGUGUAGUUGAGAUUAGAUUUCUUUGUUCAUUUUCAAUCUUUUUCUCUUUUGGAGCUGUUGCUAUUUAUGUGUUCACAAAGCUGUCUUGGAAACAGACUCUGGCAAAAAUAUAAGGUAAGGCUGGCCGGGGCUGCCCUGCUGUUUUUUCAGUUGACUGAAUUGAUAUUUUGAACAAGGAUAAAGAGAGCUUACCUAUCUCCAUUAAGACCAAAAUCGCCUUUUCUUGCCUCGCUGGAAUCGAUCUUGUCAUUUCAACGUUGUGAAUCCUGUAAGAUGUAUUUUCUCUUGUUGUCAAUGAGAUGAUCACUUUGUAUGUGUGAGUAAAUGGGGGGUUGUGUGUCAACGAGUAGUAGGAGCAAUGGAGAAAAAGUUUCACCUGAAUGUUUAGGAAUAAGCAUGUUUUGUCGAAAGAGGAUUAGAAGAACUUUUUCUGAUCACGCCGUUGCAUUGAAGCAUCUGAGUUCAAUUCCUAAUCGGAUCUUUACGAAUGGAAAGAGCCGAACUUCUUGCAUAUUCACACAACAAGGACGUAAGGGAAUUAAUCAGGACGCCAUGAUCGUGUGGGAAGAUUUCAUGGCGGAAGAUGUGACUUUUUGUGGGGUAUUUGAUGGCCAUGGUCCACAUGGUCAUCUUGUUGCUAGCAAAGUAAGGGAUGUGCUGCCGCUGAAGCUAAUGUCAACAUUUCAGUCAUUUGAAUCAAAGGGCGCUGGCGAUUGCUGCAACGAGGAUCCACAAUUGGAAGUUGUGGAUCCCGAUAAGGAUCAAGUGGUGGAUGAUAAAAUGGAAACGCAAUGGAGAGAAUCUUUCCUUCAAUCAUACAAGGCGAUGGACAAAGAAUUGAGGUCCCAACCUAAUUUGGAUUGCUUUUGCAGCGGCAGCACUGCUAUUACGCUAUUAAAACAGGGUUCAGACCUUUAUAUAGGCUAUAUUGGUGAUUCUCGGGCAAUAUUGGCAUCAAAAGAUGAGAAUGAUUCAAUGGUUGCAGUCCAGUUGACAGUUGAUCUGAAGCCCGAUUUACCUAAGGAAGCUGAGAGGAUUAAACAGUGUAAAGGUCGGGUUUUCGCAUUGCAAGAUGAGCCAGAAGUGCAGAGAGUUUGGUUGCCAUUUGAUAAUGCCCCUGGAUUAGCAAUGGCUCGAGCAUUUGGCGAUUUUUGUGUGAAGGACUAUGGAGUAAUAUCUGUACCAGAAUUUUCUCACCGGGUUCUUACAGAGAGGGACAAGUUCAUCGUUCUUGCUUCUGAUGGGGUCUGGGAUGUCUUGAGUAAUGAAGAAGUGGUCGAUAUAGUGUCAUCAGCGUCGACACGAUCAUCAGCUGCCAGAAUCCUAGUUGAUGCUGCUGCACGCGAAUGGAAAGUAAAAUAUCCGACUUCAAAAAUGGAUGAUUGUGCUGUUGUUUGCUUAUUCUUGGAUGGAAAAAUGGACUUGGAAUCUGACAAUGAGGAGGAGCGGACUUUCUCUUCUGCUGCACUUCAGAGAAACCAUUCUGGUAAUGCUGCUGAAUCGGAUGACGGGCACAACUCCGAGCCAUCUCUGCAGAGAAACACUACUGUCAGAUCAGCCGAACACAACGAUGUCUAUAAACAAGUAGUAGCCGAAGCAGAUCAAGAAACCGCGGUAACAGAAGAUCAGAAAUGGUCAGGAUUGGAAGGUGUUACUCGAGUCAACUCUCUGGUUCAGCUUCCAAGAUUCUCCGACGAGAGGCCAAAACCUUAAUUAGCCUUGUUAUUCAGUUAUGAUUGUUGUUAUAUACAAAUUCUUCCGUCGAUAGAGAGAGUGCCAUUGGUGCCAUCCUCUACAAUCCAUGCAAAUAUCUUCUUUGCUGCAACAUUCUAGACUAUGAGGACUCAUAUAGGCAACGCCAACUUAUUUGGGAUUGAGGCGUUGUGGUAUUCUAGACCGUGUAUAUGUCCACCCUCUCCCAACUCCCGCAUUGAUAUAGAGCGCUUUCAUACAUCGCUAAGCGCUUUUUCUCAGCAUGUUUAUUUUUAUUUUCCACAUUUGAUUCAUUCACUAUGUCAACUGGCAUCCAUAUCAUUCAUAUUUCAACAGUGAAUUUCUCGUUUCUUAAGA